GUGCCAUGACCCAUCCCAGGCUCUUCCACUCUGGGCCUGGAUUCAGGGCUGAGGCCUUUGGCCCUAGAGAGGUACUAGGGAGCCAUGGACAGAGUUAGAGCAGGGCUGAUGGGACCAGGAGCUGUCUGAACUCCAGGCAGAAAAAGCUGGAUGAGGGAGGGCGAUGCUGGCAUUCCAGGCAGAGCUUCGGGGCAGGGCUCCAGGUGCUCCAGGCCAACUCUGGGCCCGAGGAUGGGCGGUGCCAGUGGUCCACUCAGGCCUUGCUCCUCCAGGAAGUGCUCAGAAGGAAAUGGGUGGGACGCAUGUGUCGGAGGGGUGCAGGGGCAGCCGUGGCCCUCUGGGGUUACCGAUGGACCCCUUCGCAGACACCCUGCGGCAGCUGCGGGAGGCCUUCAGCUCUGGGCGGACCAGGCCUGCCGAGUUCCGGGCUGCGCAGCUAAAGGGCCUGAGGCGCUUCCUGCAGGAGAACAAACAGCUUCUGCAGGAGGCGCUGAAGAGGGCCGGGGGGUUCGUGCUGCUGGACUCGGCCUUCAUCCGGAAGGAGCCCUUCGGCCUGGUGCUCAUCAUCGCCCCCUGGAACUACCCCGUGAACCUGACCCUGGUGCCGCUAGUGGGCGCCCUCGCGGCAGGGAACUGCGUGGUGCUGAAGCCAUCAGAAUUAAGUAAGGGCACAGAGAAGGUUCUGGCUGAGGUGCUGCCCCAAUACCUGGACCAAGGCUGCUUUGCCGUGGUGCUGGGAGGGCCCCAGGAGACCAGGCAGCUGCUGGAGCACAAGUUCGACUACAUCUUCUUCACGGGGAACCCCCGAGUGGGCAGGAUCGUCAUGGCUGCCGCCGCCAAGCACCUGACACCCGUCACGCUGGAGCUGGGGGGCAAGAACCCCUGCUACGUGGAUGACGACUGCGACCCCCAGACCGUGGCCAACCGCGUGGCCUUGUUCCGCUACUUCAACGGCGGCCAGACCUGCGUGGCCCCCGACUACGUGCUGUGCAGCCCGGACACGCAGGAGCGGCUGCUGCCCGCCCUGCAGACCGCCAUCACCCGCUUCUACGGCGAAGACCCCCAGAGCUCCCCGAGCCUGGGCCGCAUCAUCAGCGAGAAGCACUUCCAGCGGCUGCGGGGUCUGCUGGGCUGUGGCCGCGUGGCCAUCGGCGGCCAGAGCGACGAGAGCGAGCGCUACAUUGCCCCCACGGUGCUGGUGGACGUGCGGGAGACAGAGCCGGUGAUGCAGGAGGAGAUCUUCGGCCCCAUCCUGCCCAUCGUGAACGUGAGGAGCCUGGACGAGGCCAUCGACUUCAUCAACCGUCGGGAGAAGCCACUGGCCCUGUAUGCCUUCUCCAACAGCAACCGGGUAGUGACCCAGAUACUGGAUCGGACCAGCAGUGGCAUUUUCGGAGGCAACCAGGGCUUCCUUCACCUGAUUCUGCCAUCCCUGCCGCUCGGGGGAGUCGGUAACAGUGGCAUGGGAAGAUAUCACGGCAAGUUCUCCUUCGACACCUUCUCUCACCACCGCGCCGUUCUGCUCUCCCCCUCGGGCCUGGAGAAGCUCAAUGAACUCCAAUACCCGCCCUACACUGACCUCAGGCAGCAGCUGAUAGGCUGGGCCCUGGGCUCCCACGGCUGCACCCUUCUGUGAGCUCCCCGUGUGCGUCCAGCACCCUACCCCCACCACCCCUCUGUCCUGCUACUGCCCAGGUGUUCCAUGGUCCCUGAAAGGUGGGGGUUCUUUCCGGGAGCGCAAAGAUCCUGUUUUGGGGCUUUGUCUCAACAGACCCUUGGCUGGGCAGGACCUCCGGCCACUGGUCCCACCACUUUCAGGGCCAAAGUCCUCUCUGCAGCUCCCUGAUGGACUCACUGACCCGACCCUCUGCUUGGAUGUGUCUCGAGAUGGCGCUCUGGUGGUUAGAAAGGACUCCCUUGUAUCAGAUCUAUAAUCAGGUUCCCAGAAUACAGAACCGUGUCUUUUCUUUUGUUAAUAGCAAGGGAGGGGAUGGGGAGCCACAGCGGGAAGGCAGCCCAUGGGUGGGGGCUACUGGGGAGGGGACCCAGGGUUGGGCUCGGGCCAAAACUGCAGUGCUGCCACCACCGCCCCCUCCAACUCCCCGGACUGGGCUGCUGCCAGGAGAACCCCCAAAAUACAGAGUGAUUUCUAACAGCUCCAUUCACACCUGGUUUGGGGAGUUGGGUUUGUCUGACCUGAAGUGAUCUGAUCUUGAUCCUGGAUCUGGCUAAUGGCUGACAUCGCCCUGACGUGUGUCCCUGACAAGGACUCUGAUGUUGUGGGCGGGUGGAAUCAAUAGGAGAGAGUGCAAAUUUGAUUAGUCAUGUCUGCUAUGGGCACAAGACAGGAUCGUGCACAUUCUGCACGCAUCUAUCAUCCUGCUGUGGACUCCCAGAAGGAGGUCGUGGUGGGCAGAUUCUAAAUCUAGCCACUUCCUCUGACCUAUGGGGAAACUGAGGUCUAGAGACAAGAUGGGGCUGAACUGAGUUUAUACAGGAAAGCAGAGCAGAGCUGAAUGAUGGGGGUUUUCUGAAAAAUUUGGAGGUAGGGGAUCAGUAAACAGAACAUACCUAGUCCGCUACUCUUUCCCUAGUCCUCAUCCUAAAAGCCCACUUCCAACCUCCCCUCCUCUUCCUUCACUGAGAGCCUUGGGAAGACUGGUUUGUGGCCUGAGAUUGAGGGAAGAGGGGGCAGUAUGACGGUCCUGCUUCCCGGGGAACUGUUGGGGAUGGUUGUCUCCGAAGGGGCACAGGGUGGACUCGAAGGAGGUCCAUGACAGGGACUUGUUGAGAGGUGCGAACACACGAUGGUCUGUUUGGGUGGUGGUACAGGUGCCCCCUUGGAAGGCUGUCCUACCAUCUGAGGCCAUUUUAUUCUGGAGGACAGCUUUUCUCAGCGGAGACACAUCAGUGCUCGGGAAGGACAGGCUGUGUGGUUAUCGCUUGAGGCUUGCUGAUUGAAUUUGGCAAAGAUUCUAGGUGUGCUACAGUGUGCUCUAAAUCAAUGAAGGGAGGGGCGCCUGGGUGGCGCAGUCGUUAAGCGUCUGCCUUCGGCUCAGGGCGUG